GGGGGGAGGGCGGGAAGGAGUCUGGCCCUGGAAGUGUGCUUUUCGAUUGAUGGAUGACUGCCGGGUGUGAGCGAGCGUGCGGGUGUGAGUGUGUAUGUGUGUGUGUGUGUGUGUGUGCGCGCGCGCGCGAGGUGUGUGUGUGUGUGCGCGCGCGCGGGGCCUGCCCAUUUUCCUCCUCACAGCAGUCAGUUGGGAGCUGGAGGGAGAGGGAGACGCCGGCAGCGAGCACUGGGAGAGGAGCUGAGCGCCCUCCGCUUAAGACGCCUUUCCUGGGUCUACGCACAGACGCUGUCGCUGGGAGCAUCCAGGUGCCACUCGAUCCGCAAGGGCGCAUCGCACGAUUCCACCGGCUCUUCGGUCCUUCGGUGGGGAUAGCACCUGGAGCUAGCCCCGGACGGGGAUGGUCAGCGGCUGCGGCCGUCUGGCACGCGAACGGGACACGGCGAAGGCACCAUGGCGCUAACGCCCCAGCGCGGGUCCUCUUCGGGGUUGAGCCGACCGGAGCUGUGGCUGCUGCUGUGGGCAGCCGCGUGGCGCCUGGGGGCCACGGCGUGCCCCGCCCUCUGCACCUGCACCGGCACUACGGUGGACUGCCACGGCACGGGUUUGCAGGCCAUCCCCAAGAACAUCCCACGGAACACCGAGCGCCUGGAACUCAAUGGCAACAACAUCACUCGGAUCCACAAGCAUGACUUUGCUGGCCUCAAGCAGCUUCGAGUGUUGCAGCUGAUGGAGAACCAGAUCGGAGCUGUGGAACGCGGAGCUUUUGAUGACAUGAAGGAAUUAGAGCGCCUACGACUGAACCGCAACCAGCUACAAGUGUUGCCUGAACUACUGUUCCAGAACAACCAGGCUCUAUCCAGAUUGGACCUGAGUGAGAAUUUUCUCCAGGCUGUGCCCAGGAAGGCUUUUCGGGGAGCCACAGACCUCAAAAAUCUACAGCUGGACAAGAACCGGAUCAGCUGCAUCGAGGAAGGGGCCUUCCGUGCCCUACGGGGACUGGAGGUUCUGACCCUGAACAACAACAACAUCACCACCAUCCCUGUGUCCAGUUUCAACCAUAUGCCCAAGCUUCGGACCUUCCGGCUGCACUCCAACCACCUGUUCUGUGACUGUCACCUGGCCUGGCUCUCUCAGUGGCUGAGACAGAGGCCCACCAUCGGACUCUUCACCCAGUGCUCCGGUCCCGCCAGCCUUCGGGGCCUCAAUGUGGCAGAGGUGCAAAAGGGCGAGUUCAGCUGCUCAGGCCAGGGGGAGGCUGCGGGAGCACCUGCCUGCACCCUCUCGUCCGGUUCCUGCCCAGCCAUGUGUAGUUGUAGCAGCGGCAUCGUGGACUGCCGUGGCAAGGGCCUCACCGCCAUCCCUGCUAACCUUCCAGAGACCAUGACGGAGAUCCGCCUGGAGUUGAAUGGUAUCAAAUCCAUCCCACCCGGAGCCUUUUCUCCCUACAGAAAGCUGCGCAGGAUAGACCUGAGCAACAACCAGAUUGCAGAGAUUGCACCCGACGCCUUCCAAGGCCUGCGCUCCUUGAAUUCCCUGGUCCUCUAUGGCAACAAGAUUACAGACCUGCCCCGAGGUGUAUUUGGAGGCCUGUACACACUCCAGCUGCUGCUUCUAAAUGCCAACAAGAUCAACUGCAUCCGGCCUGAUGCCUUCCAGGACCUGCAGAACCUCUCUCUGCUCUCCCUGUAUGACAACAAGAUCCAGAGUCUCGCCAAGGGCACCUUCACCUCCCUACGGGCCAUCCAGACACUGCAUCUGGCCCAGAAUCCUUUCAUCUGUGACUGUAACCUCAAGUGGCUGGCAGACUUCUUACGUACCAACCCCAUCGAGACAACUGGGGCCCGAUGUGCCAGCCCCCGGCGCCUCGCCAACAAGCGUAUCGGGCAGAUCAAAAGCAAAAAGUUUCGGUGCUCAGCCAAAGAGCAGUACUUCAUUCCAGGGACGGAGGACUACCACCUGAACAGCGAGUGUACCAGCGACGUGGCCUGCCCCCACAAGUGCCGUUGUGAGGCCAGUGUGGUGGAGUGCUCCAGCCUGAAACUCUCUAAGAUCCCUGAGCGAAUCCCCCAGUCCACGACUGAGCUACGACUGAACAACAAUGAGAUUUCUAUCCUAGAGGCCACUGGGUUGUUUAAGAAGCUCUCACAUCUGAAGAAAAUAAACCUGAGCAAUAACAAGGUGUCUGAGAUCGAAGAUGGGACGUUUGAGGGUGCCGCCUCUGUCAGCGAGCUGCACCUGACUGCUAACCAGCUGGAGUCCAUCAGAAGUGGCAUGUUCCGGGGUCUAGAUGGCUUGCGGACUCUGAUGCUGAGGAACAACCGUAUCAGCUGCAUCCACAACGACAGCUUCACCGGGCUGCGCAACGUGCGGCUCCUGUCUCUCUACGACAACCACAUCACCACCAUCUCCCCUGGAGCCUUUGACACUCUCCAGGCCCUGUCCACACUAAACCUCUUGGCCAACCCAUUCAACUGCAACUGCCAUCUGUCAUGGCUGGGUGACUGGCUUCGGAAGAGGAAGAUUGUGACGGGGAACCCUCGCUGUCAGAACCCAGACUUCCUGCGGCAGAUUCCUCUGCAGGACGUGGCCUUCCCUGACUUCAGGUGUGAGGAAGGCCAGGAGGAGGUGGGCUGUCUGCCCCGCCCACAGUGCCCCCAGGAGUGUGCCUGCCUGGACACGGUGGUCCGCUGCAGCAACAAGCACCUCCAGGCUCUGCCCAAGGGCAUCCCCAAGAAUGUCACAGAACUCUAUUUGGAUGGGAACCAGUUCACACUCGUUCCAGGACAGCUGUCUACCUUCAAGUACCUGCAGCUCGUGGACUUGAGCAACAACAAGAUCAGUUCCUUGAGCAAUUCUUCCUUCACCAACAUGAGCCAGCUGACCACGCUGAUCCUCAGCUACAAUGCCCUCCAGUGCAUCCCUCCUCUGGCCUUUCAAGGACUUCGUUCGCUGCGCCUGCUGUCUUUGCAUGGCAAUGAUGUCUCCACCCUCCAAGAGGGCAUCUUUGCAGACGUGACAUCUCUGUCUCACCUGGCCAUUGGUGCCAACCCCCUGUACUGCGACUGCCACCUCCGAUGGCUCUCCAGUUGGGUGAAGACUGGCUACAAGGAACCUGGCAUUGCCCGCUGUGCUGGACCCCCAGAGAUGGAGGGCAAACUGUUACUCACCACACCUGCCAAGAAGUUUGAAUGCCAAGGUCCCCCCAGCCUGGCAGUUCAGGCCAAGUGUGAUCCCUGCUUGUCCAGCCCAUGCCAGAACCAGGGCACCUGCUACAAUGACCCUCUUGAGGUAUACAGGUGUACCUGCCCCAGUGGCUACAAGGGCCGACACUGUGAGGUGUCUCUGGACGGCUGUUCCAGCAACCCAUGUGGAAAUGGGGGGACCUGCCAUGCCCAGGAGGGCGAGGAUGCUGGCUUCACGUGCUCCUGUCCCUCCGGCUUUGAAGGGCCGACCUGUGGAGUGGACACAGAUGACUGUGUUAAGCAUGCCUGUGUCAACGGGGGUGUCUGUGUAGACGGCGUGGGGAAUUACACAUGUCAGUGCCCCCUGCAGUACACAGGAAGGGCCUGUGAGCAGCUGGUGGACUUCUGCUCCCCGGAUAUGAACCCAUGUCAGCAUGAGGCCCAAUGUGUUGGCACCCCGGAUGGGCCCAGGUGUGAGUGCGUGCCAGGUUACACGGGUGACAACUGCAGCGAAAAUCAGGAUGACUGCAAGGACCACAAGUGUCAGAACGGGGCCCAGUGUGUGGAUGAAGUCAACAGCUACGCCUGCCUCUGUGUUGAGGGCUACAGUGGACAGCUCUGUGAGAUCCCACCUGCCCCCAGGAGCUCCUGUGAGGGGACGGAGUGCCAGAAUGGAGCCAACUGCGUAGACCAGGGAAGCCGGCCCGUAUGCCAGUGCCUACCAGGCUUUGGUGGCCCCGAAUGUGAGAAAUUGCUCAGUGUCAACUUUGUGGACCGGGACACUUAUCUGCAGUUCACUGACCUGCAGAACUGGCCUCGGGCCAACAUCACUCUUCAGGUCUCCACAGCAGAGGACAAUGGGAUUCUCCUGUACAAUGGGGACAAUGACCACAUUGCAGUUGAGCUGUACCAGGGCCAUGUUCGUGUUAGUUAUGACCCAGGCAGCUACCCCAGCUCUGCUAUCUACAGCACUGAGACGAUCAACGACGGGCAGUUCCAUACCGUUGAGCUGGUCACCUUCGACCAGAUGGUGAACCUCUCCAUUGAUGGCGGCAGCCCCAUGACCAUGGACAACUUUGGCAAGCACUACACCCUCAACAGCGAGGCCCCCCUCUAUGUGGGAGGGAUGCCCGUGGAUGUGAACUCAGCUGCCUUCCGCCUGUGGCAGAUCCUCAAUGGUACCAGCUUCCACGGUUGCAUCCGGAACCUAUACAUCAACAAUGAACUGCAGGACUUCACCAAGACACAGAUGAAGCCAGGCGUGGUGCCGGGCUGUGAGCCCUGCCGCAAACUCUACUGUCUACAUGGCAUUUGCCAGCCCAACGCCACCCCAGGGCCUGUGUGCCACUGUGAGGCUGGCUGGGGGGGCCUGCACUGUGACCAGCCAGUGGAUGGCCCCUGCCAUGGCCACAAGUGUGUCCAUGGGAAAUGCGUGCCCCUCGACGCUCUUGCCUACAGCUGCCAGUGCCAGGAUGGGUACUCGGGGGCUCUGUGCAACCAGGUCGGGGCUGUGGCAGAGCCCUGUGGGGGCUUGCAGUGCCUGCAUGGUCACUGCCAGGCCUCGGCCACCAAAGGGGCACACUGUGUGUGCAGCCCAGGCUUUUCAGGCGAGCUGUGUGAGCAAGAGUCCGAGUGCCGGGGGGACCCUGUCCGGGACUUUCACCGGGUCCAGAGGGGCUAUGCCAUCUGCCAGACCACACGCCCGCUGUCGUGGGUGGAAUGCCGGGGCGCGUGCCCGGGCCAGGGCUGCUGCCAGGGCCUGCGGCUGAAGCGGAGGAAGCUCACCUUCGAGUGCAGUGAUGGGACUUCGUUUGCUGAGGAGGUGGAGAAGCCCACCAAGUGUGGCUGUACCCGGUGCGCGUAAUGUGCGGGUGGCACACUAGCCGGGCUGGGGCGGGUAUCACCAGGAUAGCGCCUGGGUCCUGGUGGGCACGGGGACACUGAGCUGCCUUUCCAGCGGACUGCACUGCCGGGGCAGAGGAGCAAGGCCCGGGCUGCCGUGCCCUCUCUCAAAGUGCCUUGCACAGAUAGGCGCUUAAUAAAUAUUUGUUGAAUGAA